UGGCAAGCUAUUCAAACAACCAAAAUAAACUCUUGCAGGCUCUGAAUUUUCAAAGAAGGCAAACCAAAAGCAGAUAUGUCUGGAAUCAAAGGUGGUUGUGGUGGGCAGAAGAUCCAGUGCCAGGAUCCAUGCAAGAACCCUUGCCAAAAAAUUACAGUCUGCAAAGAUCCAUGCCAAAACCCAUGUAAACCUCAGGGUCAGCACCAUCAUCAACGUGGAAAUCUCUAUGUUCGCCAACAAGAUCCAUGCAACCCCUGCAAUCCCUGUGUUGUUCCUGUCUCCUGCUGUCCUGAUCCCUGUGAUCCUUGCCAGGGCCAAGGAAGUUUUUGCUGUGAUUAAUGAAGAAGAGAUUACGUGUGCCUCAAGCCCAAGUUACUAAAUUACUCGUUUUAAACCUACAUUUUCUUCAUUACUUGUUAAUUCACCUUACCCAAUAAAAAUCUUUACUGCUUUUUGCAAUGUACCACUUGCUCUUUAUCUUUUUUUUUUUUUUUUUAUGUGUUGUGAUGGGGUAAUAAAGCAUUAAGAAAUACCGUAGAUAUCUUUACAUUUAUACAUUGAAUAUUUUACACAAUGCAGUUAUUUAAAAUGUAAAUUUUUCUUAUGGUAUCCAGGUGAAUUUUUACAUACUGUUUGGUGCAGUAAAAGGUUUCUACUUGAUAUUAUAAUUUAA